GUUGCCCUGAAAAAAUUCCAUAUUCCCCCCCCUUCCGAAGAGAAAACCAUAUAUUUCAAUGUCUUUUUGAUCCAUUUGGUCUGGCUCUUUAGUAGGGAAAGUUGUGCAAAUGACAAAAACUCAGUGAGAAGAGAGAAGCUGCUGGUUGUGCUGGACAGAGGACUCUGGACAGCAAAAGGCUGAGUGGCUGCUGGUCAGAGGGAGUGUGACACACAUCUUGUCACUUUGCAGAGAGCAGCAGCUCCACUAGGCACCAUUCUGGAAACCGAGAGGUCAACGUCCCACACAGAGAGCAAUCUCCAACAGUUGUGCAUAACAGGCAAAAGAAUUUUAGAAGCAGUAUUCACUGAUAAAGAGAAUCACCAGCAAGGCUACAGAUAAUCAUCUGUGGGAAGUGGAAUUCCUUGACUUUGUUUACAGCCUCCAACAAUCAAGCAGGUCCUGGAGUUUAUCAGGAUGUCUCUGGUGUGGCAGCCACCAUCCACUGAAGGCAGCCUCCAGUAACCUCUGCAGGAAACUGCCAUUAACAAGUCAGACGUGUCCAGGAACUGAAGUCUGGAAAAGCUUACUUCAAGAUCUUUACACAGUGUUUUCCUAAACUGGGAAGCUGACCUUUGUCUCUUGGAGUUAUUCUAGACAUUGCUGACAUCGUCAGCUGUCCAACAACUUUGAGAAAAUCAGUUCAUCCACAGCUUCUGCACCAGCUACUUGCAUGGGAGAAGGACACUAUUAAAAUUCUCCCUGGAGAGCUGCUGAAUUUAGAACAGUGAAAAAAACCAGGAUGGUGCUGGGGAAAAGGAUUUUCUUCUAGUGGGAAAAAUGCUCAGAAGAACUUUUGUGACAGUGUGCUGGAGAGUCAGGAAAGAGCACUAUUGUAAAGCAAAUGAAGAUCAUCCAUAAAGAUGGUUUCACCUAUGAGGAACGCAUGGAGUUCAGACCUAUUGUUUACAGUAAUGCAGUGCAGUCCAUCCUGGCUAUUGUGAAAGCAAUGACUAAGUUAGGAAUCAGUUAUGAAAAUCCUGCUAGAACUGAAGACGAGAGGAAGCUGUGUGCCAUGGCAACAACUCUGGAGGAUGGCAGCAUGUCUUCUGAACUGGUUGAGCUCAUCAAACAACUGUGGCGUGACGGGGGGACACAGGCCUGCUUCGCCAGGGCGGCCGAGUACCAGCUCAGCGACUCGGCAGCCUAUUACCUCGAUGAUUUGGACAGGUUGGCAAUGCCAGACUAUGUCCCUACCGAGCAAGAUGUCCUGCACUCCCGAGUGCAGACAACUGGGAUAAUAGAGACUCAGUUUUCUUUCAAGGAUUUAAACUUCAGGAUGUUUGAUGUGGGUGGACAACGAUCAGAGAGGAAAAAGUGGAUUCACUGCUUUGAAGGAGUGACUUGCAUCAUAUUCUGUGCUGCACUCAGUGCCUAUGACAUGGUUCUGGUGGAAGAUAAAGAAGUGAACAGAAUGCAUGAAAGCCUUCAUCUGUUCAACAGCAUCUGCAACCAUAAGUGCUUUGCAGCCACUUCCAUUGUGCUGUUCCUAAACAAAAAAGACCUCUUUCAAGAGAAAAUAACAAAAGUUCACCUGAAUAUCUGCUUUCCUGAGUAUAAUGGACAAAACACAUUUGAAGAUGCUGCAAAUUACAUCAAGAAACAAUUUCUAGACUUGAACAUAAGGAAACAAGAUAAAGAGAUAUAUUGUCACUUGACCUGUGCCACAGACACCCAGAAUGUCAAAUUUGUUUUUGAUGCAGUCACAGAUAUAAUAAUCAAAGAAAAUCUGAAAGACUGUGGGCUUUUCUAACCAUUAAUUCCCUUGCUCAGAGCUUCACUCCACUUUCCUCUCUUCAUCUGAUGUGCUGGCUGAAAUAAAAAGCCCCUCUAGGUAAGAAUCAAUAUCAGUUAGGCACCCAUUAGCAUCAUUACCAUUGGCUGUACCAUUAGUUGGGUACAGCCUAAGCAUUGCAGAGCAACACAGACCUUCCAGAUACAAGAAGAUUAAAAAAAUUGUUCCUGCUCUACAAAGAUGACAGCUGCUGAUAAAUCCUAUUGGAAUCAAAGUUGCAUUCCUACUUAAAUCAAUAUCAAAGAAUCAUCGAAUUCUUUGGUUUGGAAGAGACCUUAAAGAACAUCUAGUUCCAGCCCUGAUGCCAUAGGCAGCAAAAUCUUCCACUAGAGCAGGCAAUCAGCACUUCUCAGGAAUCUGGGGACACCUCAGUAUCCUGAGUCUUCUAGUGAUAGGAUGAGAAAAGUUAAUAUAUAACAGACAACUGACUUACUUGCAAUUGAAGCCUAAAGAAAACUAUACCUUUACACAGUACCAAUACAUAAUUUACAAUCUGUUUUGUGUUUGUGUUACACAAACAACUGAAAGCGACAUGCCGUUGAUUCAACAAAAGCAAACCUCCCCAUACUUAGAUGGUGGAUGAUGAAAAGCAGUGAAAAUCUGAAUGUUUAAUGAUACUGUUUAGUUAGGAGAGCUAAGGAACAUAUGCAUAAAAACUGCACACAUACAAAAUUGACAAAAUUCCCAGUUUGAGAAAAAUUAAACACAGUAAGAUGGAGGCAAGUUUUGUAAAUCCCUAAGGAGAAAAAAAAAUAAAAAUUAUAAUGACUGUCAGUUUCUGCCUAAGUCACAAAGGCAAGUUGAAACAUUUUUGGUUUAUAAUUAAAUAUGAGACUUUCUUAAAAUGUGAUUAAUAAUCCUGCUACUCAGCAGGAAUGGCAGCAGUAACUUCUACCAGUGCAGAGCAGAUCUAAACCCACAGUUCUCAUGACAAAAGCACAUCCUUGGGACUCUGGCACAGAGCA